AUGCAGCUAAGACAAUGGGCUUCGAACAGCACCGAAGUAUUAAAGGGUUUAGAUAAUAAAAAGGAUAACACGUUUAUAAGCUUAGACAUAUCCGCUACGAUAAAAACAUUAGGAGUACAGUGGAAUGCCAUGCAGGGUAUUAUAGGAUAUUCAGUAAGACAUAAUGACAAUCCCACUAAAAUCACCAAGCGCAGUAUAUUGUCAGAGAUUGCACAAAUAUUCGACCCAUUGGGGCUAUUGGGGCCCGUUAUAAUUAAAGCAAAAAUGAUGAUGCAGGAACUAUAUCAGCUAAAAUCGUCAUGGGAUCAAGAAGUUCCUGACGGUAUAGGUAGGACUUGGAAAUCAUUUCGUCAAAGCUUGCAUGAAUUGGAACAAGUAAGAUUCGCACGUAGAGUGUUAGGCAACAAUACGGAACUGGAAAUACACGGAUUUUGCGACGCAAGCGAAAAGGCGUACGGGGCAUGCAUAUACAUCAAAACAAUAGGCAAAAAACCAACGGUUGAAUUGGUGUGCGCAAAAUCAAAGGUGACACCUCUCAAGACACAAUCGCUUUCGCGUUUGGAACUGUGUGGCGCGGUCUUACUGGCGCGCCUGUACAGAGCCACUAAGAACGCGCUGCGAAGAAUUAAAUUUCGUCGUUCGGUGUUUUGGUCAGAUUCAACAAUAGUUUUGCAUUGGCUCAAUACACUACCACAUUUACUAAAAACGUUUGUAACGCAUCGAGUGACAGAGAUUUUGGAAAAUACCGCUUCAGAGCAAUGGCGGCACGUAGCAUCUCAAUAUAACCCGGCUGAUUUGAUAUCGCGCGGCGUAACGCCGACUGAUUUCAUUAAAAACGAAAUCUGGAAGGCAGGACCUUCGUGGCUAAUUCAACCAGAAUUAUACUGGCCACAGCACAUAGUAGAAAAAGUAGAAAUACCCGAUAUGAGAAAAUUCGUGGCGGUCGCGGCGUCCGACAAGCCGUUCGAUUUAUAUAGGCGAUAUUCCUCAUUCCGAAAAUUAAAGCGCAUAGUAGCUUACUGCAUCAGAUUCGCACAGAAUGCAAGAGAGUCUAACGUAAACAGGGUUGGCCGUGAAUUAGCAGAUAUUCGCAAUUCGAUAGUAGCCCUCAGCCCAUUCAUUGAUAAUCAAGGAGUUCUAAGAGUUGGCGGGAGAUUGAGCAAGGGCAAUCUGCCAUAUGAUCAAAGACAUGCGGCAUUAUUACCAAAGAUACAUGUUAUUACUGAACUUAUAAUACGUGAAAGGCAUGAGAAAAUCUAUCAUGGCGGAACACAGGCCACACUUAAUGCCGUUCGCGAAAGUUUUUGGCCUCUGAACGGUCGAACACAAUUAAAGCGUGUAAUAAGCAAAUGUACCGUUUGUCGACGUUUGAGACCAAUCAUGCUCAAUUACAAAAUGAGCGAUUUACCAGCAAGUCGGUUACAACCAAAUCGGCCAUUCCUCCACACCGGGGUCGACUUUUGUGGACCAAUAUUCAUAAAGGAAAGGCAGCAUCGGAAUCACGGACGAAUCAAAGUAUAUGUAGCAGUCUUCGUCUGUUUUACCACACAGGCGGUGCAUUUAGAAAUAGUAAGCGUUUUGACGACAGAUUUAUUUUUAUCUUCAUUAAGAAGGUUUAUAACUCGCAGGGGGAAAUGUCCUGAUAUCUAUUCAGACAAUGCAACAAAUUUUUUGAGCGCUGCAAAUGAAAUACAGUCACGCGUUUCUCGACAAUUGUCCAACGACGAUAUUAGGUGGCAUUUUAUUCCUCCUAGAUCACCUCAUUUCGGAGGUCUCUGGAACGCUGCAGUAAAAUCAUUGUACGAUCCAAAAGGAUCAUACGCUUGGACACCUGAAGCCAGUAAAGCAUUCAUAGAAUGCAAACAAAAAAUAGCAAACACAACUUUACUCGCCUAUCCAUCUCCAAUUGCACCAAUGGCCCUCACUACUGACGCGUCAUCAUCAGCAAUAGGAGCAAAACUGGAACCACUCGUCAACGAUAUCUGGCAACCAUUGGGUUUUUUCCCACGAAAACUCAGUGAGACAGAAAAACGCUACAGCACUUACGACCACUGCCGAAAUUUCAUCAUAAAAACGGACCACAAACCACUAAUCUAUGCUUUCAAGCAAAAGCUCGACAAAUCAUCAGAACGACAAAUCAGGCAACUAGAUUACAUAUCUCAAUUUUCUACGGACAUAGUACACGUGAUUGACAGAAUCUCCGAUAAACUCUACAAAAUACUAGUAGAAGGUGAAGAAAAAAACGUCUCAAUCGAAAGACUAAAGCCUUGCUACAUUAACAAGACUGAUCUCGACAACGUCGAAGACCAACAAUUAGUACCUGAGAAGAUGAAACCAUAUCAUUGGGGAUCUUCAAUGGAUAUACCAAAGAAAACGUACAAACGCACCGUGACUUUUAAGCUUCCCGCGCAAAGUCACUCGGGGGGGAGUAGUUGUAGCGGACGCGUAUCUACAGUCACGCCUCUACAGACCGCUCAUACAACUACACUCAAAUGA